CUCCCGUCCGGACGCCCAAAGGAGACGUGUGGGGAGCUUGCGCUCGUACGCUCUCUUUAUGCCAUGUAAAUUGCUUCGUUUUGCAUUUUCUAGCAAGAAACCUAAGUGGGAGUUCACGAACAAGAAGUCGCUUUCUGAACGGGGUUUAAUCUCCGGAAAGUAUCUUGACGCACAUCCUUGUCAUGUCAUGGCCCCUUCUUUAAGGCGAUGCAGAGACUGCCCAUCAUAGCGCAUCCGGCCUACAACACACAGACUGAGGGCCAGACAGGUGGCAGAAUGACCACCUCACACAUGAAUGGUCAUGUGACAGACUCAGAUGGUGCUGGUGGGACUGGGGCAGGGUCAGCUGAGGCCACAGAGGAGUCACAGUGGCAUAGAGAGAUGCCGGUGGACUGCCCCGGGGAUCUUGGGGCACGUACCCUGCCUGUACGUCGCAGUGCCCAGCUGGAGAGAAUCCGCCAGCACCAGGAAGACUUGCGAAGGAGGAGGGAAGAAGAGGGACGCAACAAACAGGAGUUGGAUGUCAACUCCUCCAUCCGCCUCAAGAAGCUGUCGCAGAACCCAAAAGUUGGCAUUGACAACCCCACGUUUGAUCCCAUCGAGGGCCCCGGUGGAACCUUGGGGCAUUUGCAGGGACUGGGAGGAGCCCCUGCACUGUUGGACCUAGAGGACCUGUUGAUGUCCUUGAAGCAGGUGCAACACUGCCUUGGUGAUGUCCAGAGCCAAGAGGACGUGGAACUGGUUCUGCAACUAGUUCAGAAGACUGACUUCCAGAAUGCAUUCAAAAUCCAUAAUGCUGUGGCAGUGCAUAUGAACCGAGCUAGCCCGCCAUUUCCCCUUACUGCCUGUGCGCAGAGUCUUGUUCAAGAGGUGCAGGCCAUGCUACAAUCCAGCCAGCUGAAAGAGGGUUUGGAAUUGAGUACCUUGCUGAGUUCCCCACACCUGCAGGCGUUGAUGCUGGCCCAUGACAGUGUGGCAGAGCAGGAGAUGCAGCUGGAGCCCUCAGGUUCUCCAGAUGGACCUUCAGAGAUUCUCACACAAUUUGGAGGUGAAACAGUCAAGAUUGUACAUUUGGAGAAGGCCAGAGACAUCCCCCUGGGUGCGACUGUACGCAAUGACAUGGACAGCGUUGUCAUCAGCCGUAUUGUGAAAGGCGGCGCAGCUGAGCGGAGCGGGCUGCUCCAUGAAGGAGACGAGAUCCUGGAGAUCAAUGGCAUUGAGAUCCGUGGGAAGGACGUAAAUGAGGUCUUCGACAUACUAGCUGAAAUGCACGGCAUGCUAACCUUUGUCCUCAUCCCCAGUCCGCAGACAAAACCCCCACCUACCAAGGAAACUGUGGUUCAUGUGAAGGCCCAUUUUGACUACGACCCCUCCGAUGACCCUUAUGUGCCCUGCCGUGAGCUGGGUCUCUGUUUCCAAAAGGGGGACAUCCUGCACAUCAUCAGCCAAGAUGACCCCAACUGGUGGCAGGCUUACCGGGAUGGAGAUGAAGACAAUCAGCCACUUGCUGGCCUGGUUCCAGGGAAAAGUUUCCAGCAACAGAGAGAAGCCAUGAAGCAGACCAUAGAGGAAGACAAGGAGCCGGAGAAGUCGGGGAAACUUUGGUGUGCAAAGAAGAACAAGAAGAAGAGGAAGAAAAUCCUGUAUAAUGCUCAUAAAAAUGAUGAUUAUGACAAUGAGGAAAUCCUGACAUAUGAAGAGAUGGCCCUUUAUCACCAGCCAGCCAAUCGAAAACGCCCCAUUGCUCUCAUUGGUCCUCCCAACUGCGGGCAGAAUGAACUGCGACAGAGGCUCCUGUCCAAUGAGCCAGAGAGAUUUGGUGGUGCUGUUCCACACACAACACGGAGCAGGCGGGAGGGGGAGCUCAACGGUCGGGACUAUCAUUUUGUGUCACGACAGGCCUUCGAGGCAGACGUUGCUGCUGGGAAGUUCAUCGAGUUAGGUGAAUUUGAGAAAAAUCUGUAUGGCACCAGCAUCGACUCGGUCCGGCAGCUCAUCAACACCGGAAAGAUCUGCGUUCUGUGCGUGCACACACAGUCUUUGAAAGUUUUACGCUGCUCAGACUUGAAGCCCUAUAUCAUCUUCAUUGCUCCGCCUUCUCAAGAGCGACUGCGUGCCCUGCUGGCCAAGGAGAACAAGAAUCCCAAGCCAGAGGAGCUGAGGGAUAUCAUUGAGAAGGCCCGUGAAAUGGAACAGAACUACGGGCACCUCUUUGACGCCGCUAUUGUGAAUGCCGACCUGGACAAAGCCUAUCAGGAGCUGCUACGGCUCAUCAACAAGCUGGACACGGAGCCACAGUGGGUGCCUUCCUCAUGGCUCCGCUGAAGGCUCACCCUCUCACCCUUGCCACUCCCCACAGCUUGGAAAGCACAUGGAUCACCCUGGAGCUCCUGUGGUACACCACCUUGUGACAGGUGCUGGAAUUACCAUACAUUAGGCUGUGCUGGAUAAGACCCUACUUCUUUGGUCUAAGACGGUCUUUUUUUUUU